ACUGUUUUGUAAAUAAGCAUUGUUGAAAUGUGUCAUUGUUUUUAUUGAGCUGCUGUUACUUGUAAUUUAAGGUUUAAUACGACGUAAAAUUAGGAAGAGGAGCAAUAUUUUUCUUGUGAGCUUGAGGCUGUUGCAAAGGAGCAGCAAAUCCUGGAGUGAUAGAGGUACCAUAAAUGAAAGGAAUUGCAUUGAUAAAAAUAUGGAAGGCGAAGUUUCUGUCGACCAUGUUCCUUCAGAAAAGGACAAACUUUCUCCAGUAAGGAAUUACAGUGAUGAAACAUUCUGUUCAGAAUCUAGUGAUGGCAAUCAGUCAAAUAGAAGUAAAAAUAAUGUCUUGCUGGAGAAGAGAAGGAAAACUUGCGCAGCAGCACCAGGAAAUCCAUAUCGUGCAUCAGCUUCUAACUUGGGUGCACGAUAUGUUUUGCUCAAUGCUAAUUCCAAAGGCAACAUGAAUAGCAUUGCUCAGAAGGUCCUUUCUGCAAGAAUGUUACGUUUAAAACAGCUUCAAAAUGAACUGAAUGAUGCACAUUUCCAAAUUAAUGAACUAGCUACUGAAAACAGGAUGCUACGCACACUUCAGAAGCGUCAAGAUUUAGCAUUGAAACGAUUUGAAGAUAAAAAAGCUGACCUUCCAGUGCUUCUGAAUGCACACACAGAGGAAGUUCGUACUCUACGGGCCACUAUAAAACAGCUUCGAGCUCAAGUACGUGAAAUGGAAGCAAAGAUGAAAGAUCGUGAUACUGAACUGACACUUUUACGAGAAAGAUGCUCAACACUUACAGAUCUGUGUAACAACAAACAGCUGGAAGAGAGAGAUGUAUUGCAGAAACGUGUUGAAGAGUUGACAAAACUAAAUGAGGAGCAAACUGAAAGGAUAAAGUUGCUCAAUCGAAAAGUUGCGCUUGAAAGCAAAAAUUACGAACAUCGGUUGAAAACAGAAACAACAAACCACCGCAACACACAACGUGAACUGGCUAGAGUUUUGGAGAAUGCUGCACAACUUCAGACUGCUCUGGAUGAGAAGGAAAAAUUCAUAAGAUCUAAAAUAUAUCCAACCAGCAACAACAGACGAAGGAAUGAAACUGGGAUUGCAUCGGUUUCCAGCUUCUCUCAUUGCAGUGCUGCUCAAAGCAGAUUUCCAGAACUCCAGAAAGGAGAUCAAUUCCAAGGUAGUGGAAAAGGAAGCAGAUACUUCUCAGAAGAAAGUAGUCAUAAUCGUAGCCACAGCACCAGAUUUUCUCUGGUUCAAGAUCAAGUAACACCCCAAUCUUCUGAUGAAAAACUGGACCAGCUACAGAUCACAGGAACAAAGAAGUUGAAUGCAGCUACACCAUGUUAUAGUUUGAAGCAACAAAAAUAUGGAAGGCGUCAUCAAGACCACCAAACCAUCCUGGAGGACCCAGACUCAGAUUCACAACAGACAAUAGUUUCGUCUGGUGGAGAGCUAUUUGAUGAUGUAGGAGAGCGAGAAGAGCACACUGUCACUACUGAUGAACUUAGUAGAGUGUCUUCUCCACUUGAGCAGCACAAUUCAGAUCAAAGCAAGGAAUUUUCAGAUAAUGCUUCUGAAAAGCCAUUGAAAUUUGUGUCGAGUUUACACACUCCAAAGAGCUACAGCAGCAGUCCAGUGACAUCACAACUAAUAGACAAUUCUCUAAAAAAUUGCUCUGAUAAUAUAAUACAAACAUCACACAAUAAUGGUAAUAUAAACGACACAGCACACACACAUUUCAACGACACCUCCGCUUCAUCUAACUCUCACUCACAUAGCAACAGCUCUGAAGAGCACAGUGUGGAAGAAAAUAAUUUUGUAAGAUCACCUUCCUUGGCUGAAAUUACAUGUAGUGGUGAAAGCGAAACUGUUCAACAGCCUUGCAACUCAAUUGAGAGACCAAAAAGGGUAUCAAAAAAUACGGUAAUUAAAGAAGAGAAUGUUGAGAUAAAUAUCAAACAGCAUGCACCUAUAAAAGAGGAAGAGAAGCAAAGUACAUUCAGGAAAGGAGAGCUGUUAGCUGCUUUGGAGGCUAUAGACAAAGGGAAAGAUGUCCAUACAGACGUUGGCGUAGAAGAUACUGAAAUUGAUAUUGACAGGGCUAAAAAUAAAACAAAUCUGAUGAGAGAGUUAUUUGGAAGUUCUUGAAGUAUUUAUGUAUUUUUGAUAAAAUCACUUUGUUUAUAGAGUAUAUUUUGAUAUGAAUAGCCAGUUAUAAUACACCCACACUUUGUUGAUGCAAAAAAACAAUGCAGGUAGAACAAACCUCUUUAAAGCAAUAUUCAGUUGGUAGUGAAGAAGUUGAAUGAAUAUCUCAGUAUAUAAGUGCACACUUCCCACCCACUAUGUUACAUGUGCACGAUCUUGGAAAGAUACAUUACAAAUCAUUCAUUUCAGUGUAACUAGUCACAUGAAAACACUGUGAUAAUACAUAUUAAUGCAAGAAAAUUUAUAAUACUAAUGUUGAUGUGUCUGUAUAGUAUAUUUCUGUUGGGCUUUAAAAUAUGGCAUGUGUUUCAUAUUACAACCUUGAAUUCAAUAAAUAUAUUUACACAGUA